AGGAUUCAUUCAUCAUCUCGUUAUCCGUCUUUCAACACCAUAUCAUGACGUCAUCAGUCAAUCAACACCGCUACAAUAAUAACUUGUCAACUUGACGAACGAACGAAAAAAUAUCACCGGAAACAUGGUGAACCUAACUUGAGUGUGGUCCCAAUGUACAAUGCCUCAGUGUGUGGUGUGUGGGUUGGAGGACUUUGAGGAGAGAGACGGGCUGUUCUACUGCACCACCUGCCAAACUCAGACUCAGGACUUGAUAGUCGAAGAAGAUGAGUUUGAAGAGAACGUUGACACGGGACAGCCUAUUGUAGACCACAGACGGCGGAUCAAGCAGGCCAAGGUGAAGGUCGACAAACCUGAAGAAUACAAGGGCAGACCAUGGACUAUCUACGAAGCCUAUCAGAUAAUCCUCAAACACCAGGUUCAGGCCUUCAUCAGAAAAGGGGCACAUCCAAAACUGGAGGAGUUUGUGUUCCGGUUAUGGGCUGUUUACCUCUCCAAACUCAAGGUGGCCUUUUCCGAGGAUGAACACAUCUACCCAGAAGCCCUCAGGAAACAUGUCAGACAUAGGGAGAAGUACUAUGGUACCCUGGAGAACCCCAUUGUUCCAGCUGUGAGGAAUAUCAGGAUGCACAAGAAGAGGAACCCCAACAGGGUAGUGGAUGCCAUCAACCCAGCCUCAGUAGAAGGUGAGGAAUUCUACGAGGGGGACGACCCCACCCAGGUUCCUGAUGAGGUGGACAGGUACCCCAGCUCGGAGUCGGAAGAGGAUGUGGAGGAAAUGUAUCCUAAAUCAGCUGACAAAGUCCGAGAGAAGGACCCGGAUGACCUGUCUGAUGUGUCUAUGUUUGAUGAUAGCUUCAUCUUGAAGACCAAGUCGUCGCUGAACCGAAUGAUGGCCCUACAAAUGGAGUGGUUGAAUCUCCCCAAGCUGCUGUCGCUGUGUCAGCUAGGCCUUCUUUAUACCAACAGCAUAACAACAGCAGCCGAUAUUGUCAGGUUGGUGGAGGCAGGGGAGAUCCCGUACACUGAGGUGACCACACUCCUUCCUGAAGAGUUCCAGUAUGGCAGUUACGACCCGCAGCUCUUUCUUGCUGAAAUACCUAAGCCUCAUGCCUUGAGGUACCUGACAGGUAACAUGGCUCACUUCCUUGGUAUCGGCAACCUGCCGGAGGUACCAGUCAGUCAGCUGAUCAGCAAAUACAUCCUGAUGCUGGAUCUCCCCGGAGAGUUCCAUGGGCUAGUGAUGUCUGUUGUUUCCCAGCACCCCCCACAGUGCCAUUUCUCCCCCAAAGCUAAAGGAGCAACUGCAGGUCUCCCCUUCUUCGAUGGCCUUGCUAUGGCGUACAUCAUCCUGACUCUCAAACUCUAUUUUGGCAUUGAUGACAUCACAGAAGUGAAACUCUCAGACUAUUCAAGAGAAGUCAAGCAGCUAAUUCAAGACAAACAUGAGCUGUUUGUGUUUGAAGACUGGAAGAACCACCUGACAGAGAAGCGGGCUGAAUGUAGGGAACAUGUCUCUCUCUUCAGUCAUGUUGAUCUGACAGAUGUGAACAAUAUCGACGUCCUGCUAGAGAGCUACUACAAGUCCAAUCAGCAUCGUCGACGCACUCCACGCUACUACAUGGGCAAAGGCAAUUCAAAGGGAGAUGACUACAAUCGAUACCAGCAGAGAACGAAGGAAGACUUAGCUCAUCCUUUCAAAUUAGUAGCUGAGAAGAUGCAGAAGUCUUCUGAUAUUCCACAAGCUGAAGUUUGUGAUGGAGGGGAAGGUCAUGAAGACAAGGAAAGAUCUAUAUCAAGGGAAGGUCGUAAAUUCAUAUGUAGCAGCUUGAAACAUAUCACAACGCCAGCAACAUUUCUCGAUGACCUUGACCGUCAUGGAUUGUCGGACGACACUAUCUACAGCUCAUGCAUGGAAUCUGAGGAUGAAGAGGAUUAUGAAGGCGGUGGUGGUGAUAGCGAUGAUAGUUCUUUAUACAGUGGCACUGAGCCCAUGUCAGUCGACUCAUUUGAUAACUGUCCGACCCAAAGACCUAAAAAAAAGAAAUCGGCUGUGAAACAAGCUGUGAGACAUGUCAUCACCAAGAUGGAGUUACACGAGAAGCUUCACAUUCCACAUGUCAAGAUGGCUGAAUGCAUGAAAAAACAUAUCAGUGCUAGUGAGAACUUUGUGAUUUUCAAAAAGAUUCUUUUAGAUGACAGGAAGAAACCUUUGGAGUUGUACCGCCCCAAGUCCUUCUGUUGGCUCCUGAACAUUUGUGGUGAGAUUGUCCGAUGCUCGCCUUAUGAAAUGGAUGUGUUUGUCAUUCAGCUGUCCUACGUCUAUUUCAGCUUCAAGGCACUGAGACACAACCUCCCAGGGAGGGACAUCAAGAGAUUCAGAGAGAAAUAUUUUGCCCAUGAGGAGGAAGAAGACAAUGAUUUUGUUAUUUAGGUAUUGAUGUCUUGAAGAAGAUGGGGCGGUCGGGUAGCCUAGUGGUUAAAGCGUUCGCUCGUCACGCUGAAGACCCGGGUUCGAUUCCCGACAUGGGUACAAUGUGUGAAGCCCAUUUCUGGUGUCCCCAGCCGUGAUAUUGCUGGAAUAUUGCUAAAAGCGGCGUAAAACCAUACUCACUCACUCACUCACUUGAAGAAGAUGAUAAUCUUGUUCUGUAACAAUAUCUGAAAGGAGGACGGGGCACGAGCUUGGUCUAAAGAAAGUUGAAUUUGGAAAGAGGAUGAAAGCUGAUAAAUUUUUGUACGUUUCCAUUUGCUGAAGAAUUUCUACUGUUUUUUCUGUAAGAGAAUGGUUCUCUGUGAACUUGGGGAAGUGAUAGGCACUGUACACACUUCAUGCAAUUACAAUUUAUUCAGUUCUUUGUUAUUAUUCAAGGAGAAUAACAUUAAGAAAUGUUAUCAGUUGUCCUAUUUCAGGAAAUUGACACAGUUCCAAAGUUAUUAACAUGAUGAACAUUUCCACAGUAUCUUAUUACAAGUUGUGGGAACAUUUAACUCUGUUGUUGAAGUGGUGAUUUAAAAUGCCUUUGUGUUACUGUUCAUGUUAAAUACUUCAUCUGACCUCAGCUGUGACAAUAAAUUAAAAGUGAAUAAGUAAA